ACUCUAAGAACAAAGAGAAGUUUUUGAGGCUUAAACACACCAAACUUAAAAUGGCAUUCUCUAAGAGACUCGUUUUGGCGAUGAUUUUUACAGUUUUUGUGAUAGCUAAGCCCUCAGAAGCUGCUCUUAAUGCUCAUUACUAUGACCGAUCGUGCCCUGCUGCCGAGAAAAUCAUACUUGAAACUGUUCAGAAGGCUAUCUUGCAUGAUCCCAAAGUGCCUGCUCGUCUCCUCAGAAUGUUCUUCCACGACUGCUUCAUCAGGGGGUGUGAUGCGUCUAUUCUACUAGAUUCGGCCAAGUCAAACCAAGCUGAGAAGGACGGCCCACCAAACAUUUCGGUACGAUCAUUUUACGUGAUUGAUAAUGCUAAGACAAAGCUUGAAAAGGUUUGUCCACGUACCGUGUCUUGCGCCGACGUGAUCGCCAUCGCAGCUAGAGAUGUCGUCACCUUGUCCGGUGGUCCUUACUGGAGCGUACUAAAAGGGCGAAAAGAUGGGAGAAUGUCGCGAGCCAACGAGACAAUCAAUCUCCCAGGACCAACAUUCAACGUGUCUCAACUGAUCCAGAGCUUUGCAGCAAGAGGCUUGUCAGUGAAAGACAUGGUUACACUCUCUGGCGGCCACACAAUAGGAUUCUCUCAUUGUUCUUCUUUCGAGGCACGUCUUCAUAACUUCAGCAAGUUCCAUGACAUUGAUCCUUCAAUGAACUUUGCAUUUGCGCAAAGCCUGAAGAAGAAAUGUCCGAUAUCUAACAACCGAGGCAAGAACGCAGGGACUUUCUUGGACUCUACGACCUCGGUUUUUGAUAACGAUUACUACAAGCAGAUACUGUCAAGAAAAGGUGUGUUUGGGUCUGAUCAGGCGCUUCUAGGAGAGUACCGGACUAGGUGGAUCGUUGAGACGUAUGCUCGAGACCAGAAGGCCUUCUUCAGAGAGUUUGCAACUUCCAUGGUGAAACUUGGGAACUUUGGUGUCAAGGAGACAGGAGAAGUGAGACUCAACCCUCGAUUCGUCAAUUAAAAAAAGUCUACAGAAAAUAUAUGCAACAGAGAGUUUUCAUUUCUGAAAGUUUGAUUUCAUUUGUAUUUCAUAUAAUAAUGUAUUAUUAAUAGCAUUAUAGUUCCCUAUGAGUUGCAGCGUUUGCUCGACAUGUAAACUUGUUCUGCUUCAGUGAACUUAAAGUUAUAUGCACCAGCUUAA